UGAUAUGUUUAGGACUCUCCGCUGCCUGAAUACUCAAAAAUUUUGUAAAUUCGGAAGUUGGUGUAGAAAACAAAAUGUCGUCCCCAAAGUUAGAGAAAAAGGUGUUGCAGGCCAUGAGGGACGUGGCCCAGAAGCUGCGAAUCCACUCAGUCACCUCCACCCAGGCAGCCAACUCCGGCCACCCGACCUCGUGCGCCUCGCUGGCGGAGAUCAUGGUGGUGCUGUUCUUCCACCAGAUGAGACUGAGCCUGAAGCAUCCCCGAGAUCCGUCCAGUGACCGGCUGGUGCUCUCCAAGGGCCAUGCCGCACCCAUUUUGUACGCUGCCUGGGCGGAGGCCGGUCUCUUUCCGGUGGAGGAGCUGCGUAAUCUGCGGAAGGUAGACAGCGAUCUGGAGGGUCAUCCUACGCCGCGUCUGAACUUUAUCGACGUCGGCACAGGUUCCCUGGGACAGGGCCUUGCGGUAGCAGCCGGGAUGGCGUACGUGGGCAAAUAUCUAGACAAGGCCGACUACCGCACCUAUGUAAUCAUCGGCGAUGGCGAAAUGUCGGAGGGAAGUGUUUGGGAAUCCUUGCACUUUGCGGCUUACUAUUGCCUGGACAACCUCUGUGUUAUUGUCGAUGUGAACAAGCUGGGAGUCGUGGACGUAUUCGCGGAAAUGGAGGCUUUACGGGAGAGGCUGGAUGCCUUUGGCUUUCAUGCUUUAGUUCUGAACGGCCACGAUUUCGACGAGCUUAUCAAGGCCUUCCACAAUGCGGCCAACACCCCGGACAAGCCCACGGCUCUGCUGGCCAGGACCGUCAAGGGCAAGGACUUCCAGGGCAUCGAGGGCUGCGAUGAGAUGCACGGACAGAUCCUAGGAACCAAGGCCACUGGUGUGAUCAAGCGCCUCCAGUCGAUGAUAUCCAAUCCCAAUGCUCGCUUGCUGCCCAAGAAGAUUGGAAAAUGUGGCCGCGCCCCGGAGGUCGAAAUCACAAACAUAGUGCUAUGUGCUCCGCCCAAUUAUCAGCUGGGAGAUUCGGUUUCCACUCGCCAGGCCUAUGGCUCCGCUCUUUCCAAGAUUGGAGCCAACAAUGAUCGGGUAAUUGCCCUCGACGGAGACACCAAGAACGCCACAUAUGCGGAUAAGUUUAGGAAUGCCUUUCCAGAGCGGUUCAUAGAGUGCUUCAUAGCCCAGCAAAACUUGGUGGGCGUGGCGUUGGGCGCCACCUGCCGGCGACGCACGGUGGCUUUUGUUUCCACCCAUGCCGCGUUCUUCACCCGCGCCUUCGACCAGAUCCGUAUGGGCGCCAUUUCCCAUACGAAUGUGAAUUUUGUCGGCUCCCAUUGCGGUUGCAGCAUCGGAGAGGAUGGACCCUCGCAAAUGGGCUUGGAGGACAUAGCCAUGUUCCGUAGCAUUCCCGGCAGUACAGUUUUUUAUCCCACAGAUGCUGUGAGCGCGGAAAGGGCUGUGGAACUGGCGGCCAACACCCAAGGUAUCUGUUUUAUACGCACCACUUAUCCGUGCACCACUGUGAUCUACAACAACGACGAAAAGUUCGCCGUGGGCUUGGCCAAGAUAGUCCGACAGAAGCCCUCCGACGAGUUGCUCCUCAUUGGGGCAGGGGUCACGCUGUACGAGUGCUUGGAGGCUGCUGAGCAACUGGAGGAGGAGUGCGUCACCGCCCGGGUGCUGGAUCCCUUCACGGUGAAGCCACUCGAUGUCAGGCUGAUCAUAAAACACGGAAAAAUGUGCGGGGGAAGGAUCCUUGUCGUGGAGGAUCACUACCAGCAAGGCGGCCUGGGAGAGGCAGUGCUCAGCGCCGUGGCUGACCAUCGAAAUUUUAUUGUCAAACAUCUGUAUGUGCCCACUGUGCCAAGGUCGGGGCCUCCGGCCAUCCUGCUCGACAUGUUCGGCAUCUCAUCCCGGAACAUCGUGAAGGCCAGCAUGGCUCUCCUGAAAAAGUGAGACUGCUCCUUGGGGCAGUUUUGUGACUUGAAUUAUGCCAAAAUUUAAAGUAUAAAAAUUUAGUUUAUUAAGUUUCUGUGCUUGGCGGUUUUAUAGUAACGAUUCGAAAAGUAAUCUUUGACCAUGCAAGGAAAGCUUGCCCCCAAAUGUAUGCUUCAAAUUCUAAGUUUUUUAGUCCUUCAAAUUACAAAUGUAUUAACUAAUCAUUGUGAUUUAUAAAUGAUAUUAUAAGACGUU